UAAAUUGAAAACAGAUCAUUAUGUACAGGAGAAGAACAGUGCCAGAAAAUGCCUCUGGCAACAAGGUCAGUCGUCUUUCUGUAUUAUGUGGCAGCCAAAAUAUAGUCUUAAACGGCAAAACAAUUAUCCAAACUGAAUGCGUAAUUCGUGGAGACUUAGCUAAUGUUAGAAUAGGAAGGCAUUGUGUUAUUAGUAAAAGAGCUGUGAUAAGACCACCUUUCAAAAAAUUCAGUAAAGGAGUGGCUUUCUUUCCUCUCCAUAUUGGGGACCAUGUGUUUAUUGAUGAAGAUGCUAUUGUGAAUGCAGCUCAUGUUGGUUCAUAUGUUUAUAUUGGAAAAAAUUGUGUUAUAGGUCGAAGAUGCGUUUUGAAAGACUGUUGCAUGAUAGCAGAUAACACAGUUCUACCCCAAGAAACAGUUGUACCAGCAUUUUCUAUGUAUUCUGGAUCACCAGGAUUGUAUUCAAAAGAUUUGCCAGAAUGCAUUCAAGAUCUUAUGAUGGAUUUCACAAAAGGAUACUACCAGCAUUUCAAACCAUUAACACAAAAUUAACUUUAUUAAACUUAUUGAAAUUACAUGUUUAUGAUGCACUUCUUCCUAUACAUUCAUCAUUGUCUACCUGAAAUAUCAAAUUAUUUAUAUUAUUAACUUCAAAAGCAAAUUAUAUAUAUGAUUUUUUAUAUAAAAAUACAUAAAAUUGGAACAACACUUCAUGUAUCCUAUACUAAUCCAUAAAACGCUGAAAUAAAAUUUUGUAUUUGCUAUGCUAAGCAACAGAAGUAUUUUGCAAACUAGACUGAAAUUGAGGGGGCAGUUUCUCAAUCACAAGCACAUUAAAAAAAAAAAAAAAACUGAAUAUUGUUAUAAGCAUACAACAAACACAAAUUUUACUCUAGAUAUGAAAUUACUAUGGAUUAAUACUGUUAUGUAUAAUUAGUAAGAUUUUAUAUUUUAACCCUUUACUGCUCAUUGUGUGAAUUUAUAUUAGCUUUAUAAGAAUAGAGAAUAUUUGUUAAAUAUUUUUUUAUAUAUGUUGUACAUGAUUUUAAUAAAUAUUAAAACUCUGGA